CUCAGCCGGGGGGAUCAGCGGUAUUACAGGGAGGCUCAUCCAUCCAAACCAGCCAAGCCAACAUGGGGAAGAUCAUCUUCUACGAGGACCGGAACUUUGGCGGCCGCCACCACGAGUGCAGCAGCGACUGCGCUGACCUCAGCUCGUACUUCAGCCGCUGCAAUUCCAUCCGCGUGGAGAGCGGCUGCUUCAUGAUCUACGAGCGCCCCAACUACUCGGGCCACCAGUACUUCCUGAGCCGCGGGGAGUACCCCGACUACCAGCGCUGGAUGGGCGCGGGCGACAGCAUCUCCUCCUGCCGCAUGAUCCCCAUGCACGCGCAGGGAUCGUACAGGAUGCGCUUCUACGAGAGGAUGGAGUUCGGCGGGCAGAUGAAGGAGCUGAUGGAGGACUGCCCCAGCACCAUGGACCGCUUCCACUUCUCCGAAAUCCACUCCUGCAACGUGACGGACGGCCACUGGCUCUUCUACGACCAGCCCAACUACAGGGGGCGCCACUACUACCUGCGCACGGGGGAGUACCGCAGGUUCAGCGACUGGGGCGGGGCCAGCGCCCGGGUCGGCUCCAUCAGGCGCAUCGUGGCCAACUGA